GCCCCCGGGGGGGGCGGUCCUGUGGAGGCAGUGGGAGGGAGAGGGGUCGGUGGGAGGGGGUGAGACGCAGUCCCGCGGGGUGGUGGUCGCUGGGCUGCCGGCUGGAAGUCACCUCAUUCAAGUGCGUUGUGGCUUUCCCAGAUGGAAGUCGCGCUCUUCCCUCUUCUAUCUCCGGCGUGGAGCCCUGUUGUUCAACAGCCUGAUUGAAACAUCUUGUGCUCACUCUUUGCUUUGGCAUGGAGGGAAGCAGAUCAGAAACUUCUGCAGCUGAUAUGAGUGAGGAGGUAACGUAUACUUCUGUCAGAUUCUCUCAGGCUUCUCCGCCAAGGGCCGAAGCUUCACAGGAAAAAAGAGAUCCCCAUCUGUGGUCAGCAGUUGUGCUGGGCUUGGCUAUAGGCUUUGGGAUAUUGAGCACCUCCCUAGUGAUUGCUUUGAUUUGGAAGAUGAAUGACUCCUACCCACACUGCCCUGAAGAGUGGGUGGCCUACAGAGGGAGCUGCUACUCCUUCUCCAAGGAAGAGAAGGACUGGAAUUCCAGCCAGGUAUCCUGCUGGUCACAGAGAGCUCACCUCCUGGUCGUCAGUGAUACCCGGGAAAUGGAUCUGUUCAAGCGUAUUCAAACAGAAUGUUUCUGGAUUGGAUUGAGGAACAGCACAAGCUCUGGAUGGAUUUGGGAAGAUGGCUCCAUAUCCAAUUACACCAAGGUCCUCUCUAACAGCCAUGUGCAACACUGUGCUGUCCUGAUGAAAGGUCAUUUCCAUGCCUCCAGCUGUGAAUUUCGUGCUCCAUGGAUCUGUGAGAAAUCGCUUAGAUAAAUCCUAUGUGCAUUUUCAUCUCGUAACGAUCUCAUCAAUGGUAUGAAUUGAUCAUUGUCCUGCAAACCAAAGCUUCACACAAGAGCAAUGACUUGCCUUUUCCAUAGCAUCACAAAGGUGAUUUGCCCAUAAAUGUAAGUUAUCUUCAGUGGUAGAUCUGUUCUCAGUCCACAUGUGUUAGAUUGCUGCUGUUUGUGACCAGGUGAGACCUUGGACAUAUUCCCUGGCCUAGUCUUUCCCUGUUUGUCCUGUAAGAGCAAACAAAAGCUUUAUCACAACAGGUGUCUUCAGAUCUUUGAGGAUGAACUAUCAAUUUUCCUUCAAUUUUGAGGAUCAGAUUUCAUUUCCAUUCCCUGCAUUUCCAUUGUCUGAUAUCAGAAGGACUGGAAAAAUGAAGCCUGAUGUUCACUGGCAGAAACAUAUAAACAGAAUUUCCCAGUGGCAGCCUCUCCUUUUGCAUCCCAGUGCUAUGAGUGGGAGAAAAGAGGGUGAAAUGCAACUACAGCUUCUGUAAAUCCAGCAGAGAAAAUAAACCUCUA